CAGAGGCUUCGGUUGAAUCGCUUUUGUGCAGCUCAAUGUUGUCAGAGCAUCGUCCACGCAUAGACCGCGGAGACAGGGGAGUCCACAGAGACACUGGAGGACGAUUGAGGACGUGUUUUUUUUACCGCUGCUUUUCACGGCUCCGCUCUGCGUCAGUUGCCGCUCUGAAGCAGGAGAAGCCGCCGCAGAAGAAGCUGGAGCUGUCGCAGGCGGAGAGGGGCACGGUGGUAUGAUAUGAACCCCGCAGUCGUCGUCGUCGUCGUCGGUUUAAAGCGGCGCCGCAGUUGAAACACCUCGAUUUUCGUUCCGCAGGAUCACUGGGGGGGACAUUUGUAGCCUUUUCUUCCACCCCGCGCACGUCCACGUUCACCCCGCAGAAUCCGCUGCCGUCAUGCCCGGGUUUGAUUACAAGUUCCUGGAGAAGCCGAAGCGACGCUUCCAGUGCCCGCUGUGCAGCAAAGCGAUGAGGGAGCCGGUGCAAGUGUCGACCUGUGGACACCGUUUCUGUGACACCUGUCUACAAGAAUUCCUCAGUGAGGGCGUCUUCAAGUGUCCUGAGGAUCAGCUGCCGUUGGACUAUGCCAAGAUCUACCCAGAUCCAGAGCUGGAGCAGCAGAUCCUGGCUCUGCCCAUCCGCUGCAUCCACAGUGAGGAGGGCUGUCGCUGGACCGGUCAGAUGAAGCAGCUCCAGGGUCACUUCUCCACCUGCGCCUUCAACGUGAUCCCCUGCCCCAACCGCUGCUCCGUCAAGCUGACGCGCCGCGACCUGCCCGACCACCUGCAGCACGACUGCCCCAAACGCAAGGUCAAGUGCGAGUUCUGCGGCAGCGAGUUCACCGGCGAAGCCUACGAGAACCACCAGGGCGUGUGUCCUCAGGAGAGCGUCUACUGCGAGAACAAGUGCGGCGCGAGGAUGAUGCGUCGCCUGCUGCCUCAGCACGGCACGGCCGAGUGUCCCAAACGCACGCAGCCCUGCAAGUACUGCGGCAAAGAGUUCGUCUUUGACACCAUCCAGAACCACCAGUACCACUGUCCCCGUUUUCCCGUCCAAUGCCCAAACCAGUGCGGCACGCCCAACAUUGCCCGCGAAGACCUGGCAAACCAUGUGAAGGACAACUGUGGCAGUGCACUCGUUCUCUGUCCCUUCAAAGAUGCCGGCUGCAAACACAGGUGCCCCAAACUGGCCAUCGGUCGUCAUCUGGAGGACACGACUAAGUCUCACCUGACCAUGAUGUGUAACCUGGUGGGUCGUCAGCGGCAGGAGAUCCUGGAGCUGCGGAGGGAGGUGGAGGAGCUGUCCGUCAGUCACGACGGUGUCCUCAUCUGGAAACUCAACGACUACUCGCGCAAACUCCAGGAGGCCAAACUCCGGAGCAACCACGAGUUCUUCAGCCCGCCCUUCUAUACUCAUCGCUACGGCUACAAGCUGCAGGUGUCGGCCUUCCUGAAUGGCAACGGCAGCGGCGAGGGUUCCCACCUCUCUGUCUACAUUCGCGUGCUGCCCGGAGAGUACGACAACCUGCUGGAGUGGCCCUUCUCCUACAAGGUGACUUUCUCCAUCCUGGACCAGAGUGACCCGUCGCUUUCCAAACCCCAGCACAUCACCGAGACCUUCAACCCCGACCCCAACUGGAAGAACUUCCAGAAGCCCUGCAGCAACCGCAACUCGCUGGACGAGAGCACCCUGGGCUUCGGCUACCCCAAGUUCAUCUCGCACGAGGAGAUCAAGAAGAGGAACUACAUCCGGGACAACUGCAUCUUCGUCAAGGCUUCUAUAGAGAUCCCCCAGAAGAUAAUGUCUUAAGCUCCGACGUUUGUUUUCUUUUUAUGAAGGAGAAGGACAGGUUAAAGACUGGAACUAGAACAUUUGACCUUGAGAACUUCGACACACUUGCCCUUUAGAUACGUUCUGCCCUUACAGCCUCUCCACAUUGGCUGCCUGAGCUGACUUGGAGGGAUCACAGAGGAGAAAGUGUUUGGUCUGCACCAUCACUCUCUGGUUUCUUUUCAUUUUUUACCCGUUUGCCGACCUUUUAUCACAAUCUACAACAAAAAAAAGCCUUGGAAAUCAAACAGUGCCUAGAGAGUUUAUCUUAAGUUAUAUUUUGUUGUUGUUGUUGUUGUUGUUCCACAGUACAGAUGCUAAAGAUUAUGGAAAAGACCUAAAAAUGAGGGUGAACAUCUUCACUAAGACUCCGCACUUAGAGCAGCGAGAAGGUUGGAGAGCUCCCGGUUUAUCUGGAGCGACAUGAAGAAGGGAGCCCAAGCCCGACUGCCUUUUGUUUACAUGCUCGUACCGUUGAUUCUCACUGAUCCGUGAACGAACACAAGAGCCCUUGACAAAAGACUUCUCGUGAGGUUUGUGUUCACAAACAACAAAUCAAUGUCGUCAGGUUUUUUUUUUUGGUGAUUUUUAUAUGUUAAAGCAAUGAUUGAACAUGGUUUUUUAUGAGUAUUAAAUGAAAAUCGUGACGUCUUUUAUCUGUCGGUUCAUGCUGCGUUCCAUUUACGUCGGAAGUUGGGUUCACGGCGUUACAGAGACACGUCGCUGGGCUAGCCAUUGUUAGCAAUACCACCUCUACAUGGUAAUUUGAAAUAGUGUAGCAACAUUUCUGCGGAUAAAAGUUGAACAGUACAGGAUUGUUUCAGUACAGUUUUGUGUACGACUUAUUUACUGUGAAACAAAUGUGACAGAAGUGCUAUUUACGGUAAAAGUAGCAGAGUGCAAGAUGGUGGCAGCCAUUUUUGGAAUCCUGAACUCGGGGUAUGUGAGGUUGCUCCGAGUUUCCAAGUUCCCGCAUGACGGAACACCAUGUGACCUCUGAAAUUCCAAGUUCCGACUACAAAUGGAACGCAGCAUAAAUAUAAAGCUACACCCAGUGGUCAUUUAGCUUAGCUUUGGAUAAAGACUGGAAACAAGGGAAAUUGUUAGCAUUGCUCCCUCUACGUCUGUCGGGGGUGUUGCGUUGAUACCAAUGCAGUAACUGCCAAAUUUCCCUACUCGCAUGUGCAACAAAAUUUAAAAACUUAUUUGCAAUAUAAAAAGCAAAGUAUCUUUUCAAAGUAAGAUGACAUGCUACGAUGGUCUGCUGUGUAGGGAGAGGGAACAUUGUGUUCCUCAAGAAUCAUCUGCAUUUAAAGGGAGAAUAUUAACAUAAAACUGUUCUUUUACGCCUGCAAGUCGCAUUAUAAUCAAGGUACCAAUCAGUCUGCUGUCCACAGUGACUCAGUGACUGUCCAAAGUGUGUCUGACUCUGCUAAGCUAGGUGGUUUCCGAUUGACCUGCGAUGUCACAGAUGAAAGCAACUUUAGCUGGCAGCUAGUUGGUAGCAUGCUGAGCCCCAAUCCGAGUCUUCCGACCAAUCGUUUUAGCGAGCAGAAACUUUGACAUGUUGUCUUAUUCUUCUCCUGUGUACUGGCUGCCUCUUUAAAUUCCAGGUCAAAGCCUGUGUACAGAGGUUUGGGUCCUAUUGAUUGUACACAUGCAGUCGCGUUAGCCCAACUUCAAGAAAUUCAACGGCAUUUCUGUGUGAAUAAAAUGGUCAUACGAUAAAAGUAAGCAAAUUCACAUUGUUUAGGUAAGAAAUGCAAGAGAUUUAUUGCUAAAAGAGCCUAGCACCGACAGAUAUUCCAUUCCUCUUUCUGUAAAUCACAUAACUGUCCCAACGCUUCACUUGAUAGCCUUCAAACGUCAAACAGUGCUGACUUUGACAUAGUUUGGCCAAAAAAAUGCUUAAGAAGAAUUACAGGAACUGCACCAGUUAGCCUAGCUACAAAGUCAGCUAUGCUAGCUGUUUCCAGUCUUUAAGCUAAACUAAACAGCCUCCAGGCUGUAAUUUUUUGCUGUUUUUUUUUUCGGUGGGGAAGAAAAAAAACGUAUUUGCAGUCUUGCCAAGAGUUAGACGAGAGGAGUGACAUCACUUUUGUCAGUUCACUCGGACUUCACAGUGGCUUUGUAUCUAUGGAUAUUCCAUUUGCUGCGUUUCCAUCGUGUGACAGUUUGGUUUGGUACAGUGUGGUACGGAUUGGAAUGGUAAUUUCCUGGGCCAGGCUUGCGUUUCGACUGAAGCCCAUGUUAUACUUCUUCACACGUACACGAACCUUGGUAUACUCACACUUUAGGGUCCUGUAGUAUCCCACUUCAUGCAGGGCAUAGGAUGCAUUCCUACCAAAGAAGACGAAGAGAACAAUGCUGCAGCUCCCUUGGACACGUCUGGUUCGAGCGGCUCACAGCUGAAAGGUCCGUCGGGGUGUCAGCCGGUUCGAGGGUCAGCAGGUCGAGGCUCGAAUGACUAUCCUUGGCGACUACUUCUACUGUUGUCUAAAUGGUCUUUCUGCUUGGUGAGCAGGGCUUAUACUCCACCUACAGAUGGGGCGGAUAUUCAGUUUGUCCAUGCGCGAUGGGUGCCCAUCGCGCUCUUUGCACAAUGCAACGCGAUGUGCGCGUUGGAUCCACGUGUGCGGAGGUAUACCAGGGCCUAGAGAACUUUACUUGGUGCUGUAGGCAGGGUGUGGGUUGGACCUGAUGGCCACACAGUGUGAUACUGGAUGACAACGUCAAACACAACCGUGACUUCAAUGGGAUAUUUACACCGAUCUUAAAGGAGUGGCAUUUUCGC